GGUCCGAGGACGACUUGGUCGCCGGAGCGCCCUUGCACAGCCCCGAGUGGAGCGAAGAGCGCUUCCGCGUGGACAGGAAGAAACUUGAGGCCAUGUUACAAGCUGCAGCUGAAGGAAAAGGCAGAAGUGGGGAAGACUUUUUUCAGAAGAUCAUGGAAGAAACAAAUACUCAGAUUGCUUGGCCUUCCAAACUGAAGAUUGGCGCCAAAUCCAAGAAAGAUCCCCAUAUUAAGGUUUCUGGAAAGAAAGAAGAUGUUAAAGAAGCCAAGGAAAUGAUCAUGUCUGUCUUAGACACAAAAAGCAAUCGGGUCACAUUGAAGAUGGAUGUUUCACAUACAGAGCACUCACAUGUGAUUGGCAAAGGUGGCAACAAUAUCAAAAAAGUGAUGGAAGAAACAGGGUGUCACAUCCACUUUCCAGAUUCCAACAGGAAUAACCAAGCAGAGAAAAGCAACCAGGUAUCUAUAGCAGGACAACCAGCAGGAGUAGAAUCUGCCAGAGUUAGAAUUCGGGAGCUGCUUCCUUUGGUGCUGAUGUUUGAGUUACCAAUUGCUGGAAUUCUUCAACCAGUUCCCGAUCCUAAUUCCCCCUCUAUUCAGCACAUAUCACAAACGUACAACAUAUCAGUAUCAUUUAAACAGCGUUCCCGAAUGUAUGGUGCUACUGUCAUAGUACGAGGGUCUCAGAAUAACACUAGUGCUGUGAAGGAAGGAACUGCCAUGCUGUUAGAACAUCUUGCUGGGAGCUUAGCAUCCGCUAUUCCUGUGAGCACGCAAUUAGACAUUGCAGCCCAACAUCAUCUCUUUAUGAUGGGUCGAAAUGGGAGCAACAUCAAACAUAUCAUGCAGAGAACGGGUGCUCAAAUCCACUUUCCUGAUCCCAGUAAUCCACAGAAGAAAUCCACUGUCUACCUCCAGGGCACCAUUGAGUCUGUCUGUCUUGCAAGGCAAUAUCUCAUGGGUUGUCUUCCUCUUGUGCUGAUGUUUGAUAUGAAGGAAGAAAUUGAAGUAGACCCACAGUUCAUUGCUCAGUUGAUGGAACAGCUUGAUGUCUUUAUCAGCAUUAAACCAAAGCCAAAGCAGCCUAGCAAGUCUGUGAUUGUGAAAAGUGUUGAGCGAAAUGCCUUAAAUAUGUAUGAAGCAAGGAAAUGUCUCCUCGGACUUGAAAGCAGUGGGGUUACCAUAGCAACCAGUUCAUCCCCAGCAUCGUGCCCUGCCGGCCUGGCAUGUCCCAGCCUGGAUAUCUUAGCUUCAGCAGGCCUCGGACUCACUGGACUAGGUCUUCUGGGGCCAACCGCCUUAUCACUAAACACUUCAACAAACCCGAACUCACUCCUGAAUGCUCUUAAUAGCUCAGUGAGUCCCUUGCAAAGUCCAAGUUCUGGCACGCCCAGCCCCACGUUAUGGGCACCCCCACUUGCUAAUACUUCAAGUGCCACAGGUUUCUCUGCCAUACCACACCUUAUGAUCCCAUCUACCGCGCAAGCCACAUUAACCAAUAUUUUAUUGUCUGGAGUGCCCACCUAUGGGCACACAGCUCCAUCACCCCCUCCUGGCUUGACUCCUGUUGAUGUUCAUAUCAACAGUAUGCAGACAGAAGGCAAAAAAAUCACUGCUUCUUUAAAUGGACAUGCACAGUCUCCAAAUAUAAAAUAUGGUGCAAUAUCAACUUCAUCACUUGGAGAAAAAGUGCUAAGUGGGAAUCAUGGCGAUCCAUCCAUCCAGACAACUGGGUCUGAGCAGGCUUCUCCAAAAUCAAAUCCUUCAGAAGGUUGUAAUGAUGCUUUUGUGGAAGUAGGCAUGCCUCGAAGUCCUUCCCAUUCUGGAAAUGCUGGUGACUUAAAACAGAUGAUGGGUCACUCCAAGGUUUCCUGUGCCAAGAGGCAGACAGUAGAGCUAUUGCAAGGCACGAAAAACUCACACUUACACAGCACUGACAGGUUGCUCUCAGACCCUGAACUGAGUGCUGCAGAAAGCCCUGUGGCUGAUAAGAAGGCUCCAGGAAGUGAACGUGCAGCAGAGAGGGCAGCAGCUGCCCAGCAAAACUCUGAAAGGGCCCGCCUUGCCCCACGUCCAUCAUACAUCAACAUGCAGGCAUUUGAUUAUGAACAAAAGAAGCUAUUAGCAACCAAAGCUAUGUUAAAGAAACCAGUGGUGACAGAGGUCAGAACACCUACAAAUACCUGGAGUGGCCUAGGGUUUUCUAAAUCCAUGCCGGCUGAAACUAUCAAGGAGCUGAGAAGAGCCAACCAUGUGUCCUAUAAGCCCACAAUGACGACCACGUAUGAGGGCUCAUCAGUGUCCCUCUCACGGUCCAACAGUCGUGAGCACUUGGGAAGCGGAAGCGAAUCUGACAACUGGAGGGACCGAAAUGGAAUAGGACCCGCAAGUCACAGUGAAUUUGCGGCUUCUGCUAGCAGCCCCAAGCGUAAACAAAACAAAUCAACGGAACACUAUCUCAGCAGUAGCAAUUACAUGGACUGCAUUUCCUCGCUGACAGGAAGCAAUGGCUGUAACCUGAGCAGCUCUUUUAAAGGCUCUGACCUCCCAGAGCUUUUCAGCAAACUGGGCCUGGGCAAAUACACAGACGUCUUCCAGCAACAAGAGAUUGAUCUUCAGACAUUCCUCACUCUCACAGAUCAGGAUCUGAAGGAGCUGGGAAUUACUACUUUUGGUGCCAGGAGGAAAAUGCUGCUUGCAAUCUCAGAACUAAAUAAAAACCGAAGAAAGCUCUUUGAACCACCAAAUGCACGCACCUCUUUCCUGGAAGGUGGAGCAAGUGGGAGGUUACCGCGUCAGUACCACUCAGACAUGGCCAGUGUCAGUGGCCGCUGGUAGCAGUCCCCACUAGGCACAUGCCCACAAGUACCUGUAGAGUUGGAUGCAGGAGAUCUGUGAACAGCCAUCACUUCACACCAUCUUCAGCACUCUGGUGUCUGGUAUCAGGACCAAAGUAUCUUAUUUGCACCUGUACUUUGUGGCAAAAAGGAAGAAAAGAGAGAAGAUGUUCUUAUCUUGCCAUACAAAAUACCAAAUGUGGAUUGCUUUUUUAAAAUGGCAAUGGGACAGAAUUUGAGGAUAAGGCUUUAUUUCCUGUUUUUAUUUACCUAUAUAACAUAUGCACUGAUUUUUUUUUUUUGUACUUAAAUGAAGGAUAAAUUGACAUGUGGGAUGCCAGAAAACUUAGAAGUUAUUGUGUUUGCUUGUUUUGGUAUUUGGGGCUUUUUAAAAAAAAUGAUCAAAGUGGAAUUUUCUGGUACUGCUUUAAAAUACUUAUUGAGGCCUUUCAGCACUUUACAUAUUCUAAUUUCUUGUCCUGUGGAACUUUUCUCUCUAAUUAUGUCACCUGACAUAUUGGUACAGAUCAGAUUUAGUCAUUUUUUUUUUGUUUGAAAUGGUACUGGAUAUUGAUUUCUGUGCAGAAUAUUCUGUGACUUUGGGAAAUGUGAGUCCACUUGGUUAUGGGCCAAUUCUGUUGUUCAUUCAUGUCAGCAUCCUAGAAAUACAUAGCAAUGAACUAGUUCACAGUAGCAGGUGCAAAAAACAGACCAAAUGGACUUUGCAAUAUUAACCCUUUGCAGUCAUUGUAUUUAGCUGCUGCCUAUAAUGCUAAAAUGAUUUUAAUGGUUAUCUGAAGGCAAAGGGAUGGUUUUUUGUUUUUCUGGGUUUUUUUUAUUUUUUAUUUUUUAGCAUACUGCCAGUAAAGGACACUUAUUUAUAUCAAACUUUAUUUUUAGAUAUUAUAAGCAUACAGUACAUAAUUGAUGAAAUUGAUAUUUACUAGAGAUUUAUGGUAGAGAAUGGACGGCAUUCAAUAACUGGAGCCCUAGAUUGUCACUUUAUUUAAAAAUAAAAAUAAUCAUCUGACAAGACAGCACUGUUGCCAUUACGAAGAGAAAAGAUUGUGGUUCUUAUGAUGCACACAUUAGCUAUGCUCUGUACGGUCAUAGGACUUUCCUAAAACUGUCCGCUUAUGUUUGUUAAGAAUGGAAAGGCUCUAUUUAAGUCUUCAGGGUUAGUUUAUAAAGAUUGCUGAAUUCUGAAGGAAAAAAAAAGACUGCUUUCUAAGUGGCUAGAUUUAUUGUUACAAUCUUAUACUGUGAAAGUCCAAGAAAUCGGGCAACGUUGGUUCCUGCGUCUUUCCAGACUUCUUAUUGCGGAUUUAUGAAGGGUUUUCAAUCAGUGAAGAAAAUCACUCAAGUGCCUUUCCUUCUUCAGAGCAAUAUUUCUACUAUAUUCAUUUGUUGGAAAACUUUCCCAUAGGAAAUAUUGUCAAUUACCUGCAAUGAAUUAUUUAUGUUCAGUAUCUUUUCUAUGUGGACAUAAACCACCCUCAUGGGCUCUCAGCCAAAGGAAUUAGAUGAACUUACACAACCAUGGGGGAAUGACACACAUGUGGGAUAAGAGGUACUCCUGACAUUUUCCCAAGACUAAGUCUUACCCUUAAAGAGCAAGAAUUGAUAUUUUGCACACAGAAAAUUUUUCACUUAAAAAGUUUGGGUUAUGUAACCUUGAAGGCACAGACCAUGAGCCUGUCAUAAUAUUAACAGUUUUAUCUGGCAUUAAGGGGCUGCCCUCCUCAACUACACCUAAUCUUCUUAAGAAUAUAGGACUGAGUAAUCCUUCUCUUUGCAAAUACAACAUGCACAUGUAUACAGUUGAUCAUGUGCAGCUCCCUGACUUAUGCUGUGACGGAUUAAUAACAAUUCAACUUGAUUAUUUUUUUUCUUAAAUAAGACCUGCCCCCUGCCCAAAAUAAUAAUAAUAAUAAUUUGGAGCUUGUUUCCUAGCUCUCUACCAUUUGUAUUUGCAUUAGAAGGAAGAUGGAAUGAAUCUGCAGUAUUCAGCUGACAGCAGUUUUAUGAAGACUUUGAUAUUAUGCCAAAGGGAAAACUGUCCCACUUAAAACAGAUUAAAUAGGGUGGCUAAAAAUAAAAAAACACUGGACGUUAUUUCACUUUCUCUUGAUGCAAUAAGGGAAUAUGACACUACAAUAUACAAAGUUGUCGGUGUUAUAUGAUGCACAAAAUAUUUGGAUUAUUUGAAUAAAUGUUAACUUUUAAUCAAUCUGUGCCUUAAUAGUGACUGGUUAUCUGUAAAUAUAGAACAGAUACAGAUUGUAUUUUUGUGUGGGUUUUUGUCCUUUUAGUGACUUUUUAAAAAAUGAGAUGGAAUUAACAUUGAAAAAUGGGAAUUUUUCUAAACUAAUCAAUUGUUACAUGAGAAAUAAAUUUAUAUAACCCCUUUGUAUUGCU